CACUGCGCAUGCGUUAUACUACUGAGGCCGCAGCCCCAGGAACGCGACGAAACCGAGUCAGUCAACAAGAGGGGCUGGGGAUAACCGGAGGGAGGGGCCUUACAAAGUCAUGGGACAAUAAUAACGGGGUGAGAGAUUCAGGAGCAAAGUGUGAGUGUGCAGGCAGAACCGAGAGACAAAACAGAGCAUCAAAACAAGUCAGGGGCCACAAAACACAGCAGGCCCACGUAGGGGCCACAAAUAGCAGCAGGCUCAACUAGGGGCCCCACAGGGACAGGUAACAGCCAGGGGCACUCAGAUUAGGGGUAAAGCAUUGUCUAGCGCACAAUACUGGAACUGCCCAUGAAAUAAAUGAGGUACAUUUAUAGGGCGCUCAGAAAUACAUGAGACACAUUUUAGUACUGGUGACAUUUUUUGCACCCCCCAAAAUUCUCGAGUCACGUGAUUUAAGUAUCUCUGCUCCUAGAUAAUUUGAUUAACCCCUGAAAUCCGGGUUUAUAUCUCUUGGAAGUCUUGAAAUCAGUGAGCCGCAUUACCAGAAUCUUUCAGCAGUACACGAUUCACUUAAUGACUCAUCGCAAGAUCAUCCACAAGAUAUUACUGAAAUAUCCCAAGAGAGGCCUCGUUACUGGAGCACCCAUAGACAGAUCUUAUACUAAAAUAUUUAUUAUCAACCACCAUCCUCUUAAAAAGAUAUCACAAAACUGAGCCCUCUAGAAAUUCAAUUAUUCGUAUGGGAAUGAUCUAACUAGAGGACUAAAUAUUUAAUACUUGGUUUCAAGAAUACUGAAAGUAUAUAGGAUUUCUGUAUUAUUGCAAAUAAAUGCAUCUGAUUGAUCAGAUUUACUAAACAGUUAACCCUAGAAGGUGAGGUGUCACAGAAAGGCUGGGGCCACAACCCAGGAGAAUCUCACACAGCCUGGGGCCGCAUCCUGGGUGCUCUGUGCAGAGACUGUCUGGGACAGGAUGGGGAGAAUCCAGGACGACCCCAAGAGCUGAUCCUGUUGGCACCCUCAUGAUGAACGGCAGUCUCCCUUUGGAGGGCUCCUCCUCCUCCCCAUCACCUAACUGGAAGGAGUUUUGUGAGAUUCACGCCCAUGCUGCUGCUCUUGACUUUGCACGGCGCUUCCGGGCCUUUCUUACUGAAAACCCUCAGUAUGCCACUCCGGGGGCUGAAAGCAGCUUCUCACGGAGAUUUGCGGAGCACUUUGUGGAGCACUUUGAAACAGAGGUAAACAAGACUCAUAUUCCAGAUGGACCUUCACCUACUCGCUGCAGCAUUGCCCCUUUCAUGGGUAUUCAGGUCUCAAAUCGGGACUUAUCAGAGACAUGUAGCGACUCUUCACUUGCUUCUCCAGUUGAAACGCAGCCAAGACAGGAUUCCUCUGGUAUCACUUCCGGCCUCUCUAGCAGCCAGUCUCACAGCUCUGAGGAUGUCUCUACAUCCUCCGCAAACACGAAGCCACGGCUUAAAAAACGUUUCUCGUUGCGCAAUGUGAGUCGUAGUGUUAGAGGAAGCAUGCGAGGAAUCUUGCAGUGGAAGAGCUCAGCGGAGUCUCCCACUGAGGAGACCACAGGGGUCAACAGUAACUGCAAUUCUUCAGCCAAUAGAACUGGAGGGGAUAGAUGGAUGCAUAGGUUUGAGAAACUGCGCCUUAGUCGCCCACCACCCCCCAGAUCAGAACAAAGGGAUGUGAGACGAGAGGGGGUACUGAACUACGUUGGUGCUGAGGAGGUUAACAGCAACAACCGAGCUCGGUGGCACAAGUGCCGGCUGCUUCUACGGAAAGCCGGUGGCGAUGAAGGCGAGGGGUACCUGUUGGAGUUCUACAUUCCUCCCAAGGCCACCAAGCCUAGGAUCAGUUUUCCCUGCUCGACCAUUGCAGACGUUCGGACCACAAAUCCCUUAGAAAUGCCAGACAAGGAGAACACCUUUGUUUUAAAGACAGAGAAUUCCUCAGAGUAUAUCCUAGAAUCUGUGGAUCCUCUGCAGAUGAAGUCCUGGCUUACAGACAUAAAAGACUGCAUAACUUCUAGGCACCGAGCAGAUACCUCAGACCUUUCUCACAUUAACCAUUCAGAAAGCAUGCCCAGUCGGGACCUACCUCUCAUACCCACAGAUAGCAACGAGCAGCUCUGCCAAGUAGGAGCAUACGGGGGUCUAUCCGAUCGGCCUUCUGCCUCCAUCUCCCCCAGUUCUGUCUCGAUGACCCCAUCCCACUUUGACUCCAUGGAGCUCCUCCCACCAGAACUGCCUCCACGUGCUCCUAUAGAUGAGGGAGAGAGACCCCAAAAUACCACAGGCGUCCCUUUCCCUGAGACCCCUGACAAUACAGCAUUCCUUUUCCAAGGAGAUCCAGACCCUGGAGAUGGGGAGCAUCCAUUGUCUGAAUAUCAGUGGUUCCAUGGUACCCUGUCGCGACUGAAAGCAGCCCAGCUUGUACUGGCAGGGGGUACUAGCAGCCAUGGAGUCUUCUUAGUUAGGCAAAGUGAAACGCGUAGAGGUGAAUAUGUGCUGACCUUCAACUUCCAGGGUAAAGCCAAGCACCUUCGUCUGUCCCUGAAUGAAGAUGGGCAGUGUCGGGUUCAGCACCUCUGGUUUCAGACCAUCUUUGAUAUGCUUGAGCAUUUCCGUGUUCACCCUAUCCCACUGGAAUCUGGCGGUACAAGUGAUGUCACGCUCAUUAGUUAUGUAGUUUCUUCUCAGCGGUUGCACGAGGCAGCCAACAGCCGUAAUCCUCCUCCCCUGCCCCCUCACCCUUUAUCUCGACAUCAGAGCUCAGAGGGGGCACUACAACCCCCAUGGUACCUGCUGAACACCUCUCCCCCAGAGGAGCCACUGACCAACAGGCCCCUUCCGGAGUCUCCAGUUGCUCAGCACGAAGAGGGGGUAGUAGUUGCAGAAGACCAGGAAGAGGCAGCAAUUCGCCUGCAGCAGCUCCAGCCGGGAGUUGCCAGCUCAGAGGACGCUAGUGAUGCCAACAGUGCUGCCUCCCGGGCUCGGGCUGUGAACAACCAGUAUUCCUUUGUGUGAACAGAUUAUGUGGUGGUUACUGCAAAUGGCAGAGAGACCAUGUCUCCCCAUCCUUACCGCUUUUCCUGCUCCGAGUUUUACCUGCUUUUGCCAGUUUACAGGUUAUAUUUUCUCUCUGUGUGUAUAUAUAUAUAUAUAUAUAUAUAUAUAUAUAUAUAUAUAUAUAUAUAUAUAUAUUUUGCUUCUUCUGUGGCUCCAUUAAAACAUCAUGGUCAUCAGCCAUGUCUUUGUAUAUUCCCUCCCCUUCACAUGCCACAUGUUGAUGAAUGUUAAUCUGCUUCUAAAAUAUAUAAAUAUCCUAAAAUCCCAAAGGGAUUGCAUCAUGGCAAUUAAAUACACUACAUGUCCAAUAUUAAUGCUUUAAGAUACUUAAAUACACUACCUACUACAAUUUAAAAGAGAGCCUGCACUCUAAACAAAAAUUGAGGAAGCAAGUGGAUACAAAUACAUAUCUAUCCCCUGCUUCGGAACACAUUUGCACCCAUGAACGUUGGACAUUUUGACCAAUAUCUAUUUUGGUAUCUGUUCCUACUAUGCCUGUUCUGCAGACCCCCUAUGUUACUCUUGUCAAGAUAUAUACGCUCCAGCCCUUGGUGGGCAUUUACUGACUUAUCUAGGCUCAACUUAAUGCGUCAUAAUUAACAUAGGUCCCACUCGAUCCCAAGCACAAUCUUCCUGUCACUGGGCUAUCCUGCUAGAUGCCAUCCUUUGCCCUCCUGCACAUUCUUAAUUGAGCUUAGGGAAGCGCACACGCACAUCAUCCCUUAUUCUCUUCCACGCGUUACCAAGAGAUGGGGAAUUUACUACAUGUUAUUGUAUGAAUUUUAUGGCGUGAAAGAUAUUUAGAUACCUUUUGCAUUAGACUUCUAAGUAAGGAAGUCACUGCGCGUGAGCAGCACAUCACGGUACAGAGCAAAUGAAUUCAAUGGUACAAGAGUGCCUGCCUAUAACUAGAAUACGAAUGAAUUGUAAAGGUACAAUGAGGUGAAUGAAAGCUUGUAAUGAGUGAAUGAGUUUAUUAUCUGCAUUGUGAGUUAUAAUAAUGAAUUUGGGGACCAACAAUGCAGUUCUUCAAAGAUCAAAAUGAGAGGUUUCCAAACCCUUAUUAUUAAUUCCUUAUAUUUUAAACAAAUAAAUUGUAAUAGACACAAAACUACAAACAUACAAUUGUACAGUGAUAUAUAGAACUUCUUUAUGUAAAAUGUCUUAUUCGUGCAAAAAAAGAGAAUGAAAAUACUAAAACAA